UGUUUAGAAGUAAUAGGACGACAUGUAGAUAAAAAUGUAACACAGGUGACUUGUCUUUUUACAAAAGAAAGUCAUCGUACUUUAGUUGCCUGAGUACUAAGAACUGACAACCACUUUGGUUAGGUAGCUAGCACUCUUAUAUCCGAUUCGAUCAACAAAUGAGAAGUUAAAUUUACCAUCACUUCCACGAGAGUAGCAUUUCCAUGGGUAUGAAGGGAAUACUGGUCAAACGAGAAUAUUUUGUUGUUUAUUUAUUUACUUAAAGAAGAAAAAUGGCAAAUAAAUAGCUAGCUAUGGAGAAUCUUACAAACGUAGAGUACGUAUGCAGCCUGACUCAUAAGCAAGUUUGAGUGCAAUUGGACCAGUGAAAACCACGUCAAUAUUGGGCUGUUAUCAUGAGUUUAAAAAAAGUGUUCUCAAUUAUUGUUAAUGUAGUUAUAACACUACACUUGUGUGAUUCCAAUGGAAUUAAAAUCAAAGAGAAUUAUGCAAAUGAUGCAAUGGACCAACCUUCAGAUAUGAGCAGUGUUAAUGUAACUGAUGUUACCGAAAAGGUGAAUUUAAGUGAGUCAAUGACAAUGACAUCAACACUCAAAUCUGAUAUCAGAAUCUCUGAUCAGAAAUAUACGCAGAAUACCAGUGGUGAAUACAAGCACGAAGUAUUCUUCAGCAAUGGAAACUGGCGUGCAGAGCAUGGCGAAUAUGAGGAUCAUGAUGGAAACGUUGUCUUUGUAGUAAGGGGUGUAUUUCAGUACUAUACGAAAGAAGGCACAUACAACACCACAUUAUAUAUCGUGGAUGAAUAUGGUUACCACAAUUUCGAACUUCCUCCACAAUUAUCAACAGAAGACGGUACAGUUGACUUUCGACCAGAUGUCAUAAGUUCUUCGGAAUGUGGUGGCUAUAAAGAAAGUUAUUGCAUUGAUCCAAAGUUGUUGGCAUUGUUGGUUGGAUAGUAGAUACGUGCGUAUAUUUUGUGAUAAUUAUGUUUUUAAUUCGAAAUCGCCUUAACUUAUGCAUUGUGAAUGGUUGGUCGAACUUUAGGUGAAAAUAGAAGAGUAUUGGCAAAAAAUUAUGUGUUUUGUGUGAUAGAAGUAACUUUACAUUUUGAAGUAAUAAAUAGAAAUAUUGAUAAUGAAAA